GCAUGUAGCCUUAUAAAGCAUAACAACAGGGGCCGGAUAACCGAGAUAAAAGAAGGCUGGCGAGAGGUCAAAGGAAAAUGUCGACUUCAGGAUAUUGCGAUAAAAUCCGCAGGAGCGUACAAUCCUCACAGCGCUGCUCCGAACACUGAACCUGCACUGAUCCUGUAACAGCUGGGGGCAGCGCGGGAUGUUAGGAUGGGUAUGAUGAACGUGUGUGGAUGAUGUGCACGCAUCAAGGAUUAAUCCAUCUCUGCUAGGAGCGGAGAGACUUCGGGAUAAAAAUCACCAUAACACCUCUUCAACGAUCUGUUCUGAAUAUUCCGGAAAAAGAAGCGGACGGGAGGGAGGCAGAGGAGAGAAGAGGAGAGGAGAGGAGAGGAGAGGAGAGGAGGAGGUGGGGAGCUCCAGGAGUGAAGGACGCCACCAUCGUAUCUCUGCAUGGCUGCACUACUCUCCUGAUUGACCGGCCCGCUGAAGGACCGACAAGCCAAACCCACCGGUGUGAGGACUGACAGUGCCUAUAUAAAGCCCUGCAGCAGCAGCCUUACAGCGGGUGUCUGUCAUCAGAUCAUCAUCAUCCUCCUCAUCUUCCUCCUUCUCCUCUUUACGACCUGCAGACUGACUUGGAUUAAUCAUUCUUUUGUAUUAUCAGGAUAGCAUACAGCAGGAGCAGCCAUGUCUCACGGAUGGGGAUACGGAUCAACUAACGGACCUGACACGUGGGGAGUAGAAUAUCCUGUAGCUAAUGGGCCCAGACAGUCUCCCAUCAACAUUGUCCCUAAGGAGGCCAAGUAUGACCCCACUCUGAAGGCUCUGAAACUCAAGUAUGAUCCCUCCAACGCCAGUGGAAUUCUCAACAACGGACACUCCUUCCAAGUGGACUUUGUGGACGACACAGACAGUUCCACCCUGACAGGAGGUCCUAUUUCUGGAACGUACCGUUUGAAGCAGUUUCAUUUCCACUGGGGAGCCAGUGAUGACAGAGGCUCCGAACACACUGUCAACGGCAUCAAGUUCCCCUGUGAGCUUCACCUGGUGCACUGGAACACAAAGUACCCAAGCUUUAAAGAUGCAGCCGGUGAGCCUGAUGGACUCGCAGUGGUUGGGGUCUUUCUCAAGAUUGGUUCUGCCAAUCCCAGGCUUCAGAAAGUUCUGGAUGGCUUGGAUGCUAUCCAGACCAAGGGAAAGCAGACCGUCUUUGCUAACUUUGACGCAAAGACUCUUCUUCCUGGUUCUCUGGAUUAUUGGACCUAUGAUGGCUCUCUGACGACGCCUCCCCUGUUGGAGAGUGUUACCUGGAUUGUCCUCAAGGAGCCAAUCAGUGUCAGCCCGGCACAGAUGUGUAAAUUCCGCAGCCUCCUCUUUACAGGAGAAGGAGAACCUCCAUGCUGCAUGGUCGACAACUACCGGCCUCCUCAACCUCUGAAGGGCCGUCAAGUCCGUGCUUCCUUCAGAUAAACCCUGCUUUGUCUUUAUUGCUCCCUUGCCCUCGUUUAUCCUUCCUUCCUUACCCAAACCCUUUCACUCCUAUUUUUCUCCACAUGCAGUCUUUAGAUUGCUUAUAUUAGCCCUAUUAACAUCAACUUGAAAAGUAGAAUGCUAUGAUGUAGACUACCUGGAUGUAUCUUGAAUAAUAGAACUUACGUUUUGACACGCUUAAGACAUAGGCUCCAUUUACACUUGUCAUUUUAAGGGUCUCAUAAUCAGACAAAAUCCAGAUGAAAGACACUCUCAUUUACAUAUAGCCACAUACUGUAAAUGCAUCUGUUAUUCAAAUCCCAAAUCUUAUUAUAAUCCUUCUUUGUUUUCUCGGCUACAUGCAACUCAGGGUCAGCCCUCCUCCGGUCCAAAAGCAGGUGGUGCACCUGAAGCUGUUUGGUAACUGCCAAUUACACCAGAAGAAUAACUUUUAGACUUGUUUAGUGCACUGUUUAGUUCAUGGAUGUUUAAAGAGAACUGGAUACAGUGUUACAUGCCCUGUGAAUUUGUGAAUCCUAGGGUAGCGAAUAAACGACCUGCCUUACUCUGCCUCUGAUUGGCUUACCCUGACAUUUUUACACAAACCCUUACCAAUCCCACUCCUCUUGCCUAAACCCAACCAAUCCGCCCAACGAUGGCAACGAGUACUAGCCAAUCAAAGGUAGCAUAGGACAGGUCAUUCCUUCAAAAUCCUAGGAUUCACAAAAUUGCACCUUGUUCAUUCCUAUUAAUGUUGCUCAGUGGCGCAUUAAGGCAAAAAAGUAAAAAAUUACCCAGAUCUUCCAUAUUGUUAGGCCCACAAAGCAGGUCCUCUGGAGACUUUUGCUAGCCAAGCAGCUAACUUCUAGCCCUCUGCUAACUUAAUAGCGAUGAAAUUAAUUUAACGUGUGACUCUUCCAGAUCUUAGAAAUGUAAGCAGACUGAAUAGAUCAAAUCCCGAGUACCAUCACAGGAGUAGUGACACUCAAAAAAAUGUAUCCUCUGAUUUAGAGAUGUUCCUUUCACGAUGUAAUUUUAUGAGAAAAGGUCUUUUUGGGCCCAAUGGCAUCACUCAUAAGUUGUAGUCACACGGUUUGCCCACAAUGUCAAAUUGGCUUCGAAGUCCGGUGCUGGUUCUGGGGGCUUGGUUUGGUUACAACACUUAAUCUGUUUAGCUAGUGUUAGCUAAUAGCUAUCCAUAAGCCAAACAAGAACAUGAAUGAAUCGUAUUUAUGAAGAGCAAGCGAGACAGAAAUUUUAUAGUUAUUUUUCACAGCUCUAAGUUACACUACUCCCUCACUCAUACAGCUCAAUGCUCUCUCAUCUCCACAGGUCAAUGCUCUGGCUGGAGCUAUUUUUUUCCGAUUGCUUUAAUGAGACGAAGAACAACGGCUAAUUUCAGUGUUAUUUUAGUAUAACUUUAGGUGCUGUUAUCACAAGGACAGAGGAGACAGAACAUGGAUGUAAUAAGAAAAUCAAACAGUGUGUGGCUAUUUCAACAGACUGCUUACUGCUUAUCUAGCUAGAAUGCAUCUCAAACUUCCUCUGGAGAGGGUGGACGCAUGAAAUGAUUGAAUGUAAAUGUGGUCAUAGAUUGUGCAUGCAUGUGCUCAAAGAAUAUUACAUAGCCUCCACAUUUUUCACUUGGUUAGAGACUGCGCUAUUACUGACAAAGGUAGCUUAAGAAUUUUAGUCUAUUAGCGUACACAUGCCAGGGGACUAGUGAUCUACUUACAGUGUCACAUAUACUAACAAUGGGACAAGAAUUCUAGCCCCUAAUCUACUCAUUUUGUUUGUGACAUGUUAUGCAACCCAUUUUCUCUGGCAACUCUAUAACUAAUAAUCUAUAUUAUUGGUGUGUGCCAGUUUUUUCAAUAAAUAUAAUAAUUUAAAUCAACAGUAAUAUACUUUUUCUGAGCAUUAAUGCAUUUAAGUAACAAAUAAAGACAUACUUCUUAGGCAGCUUUGUUAUGUGAGCUAUAUCCAACAAUUAUGGGCAAAAGCACACCUAGCUUAUUAUCAGAAACAAUAAUCCCUCCAUGAUUUUUGAUAUGAAUUUGCCUUGUUUGAAAAUGAAAGCCUUUAUCAACUUCUGGAAGCUUCUUUCUAUGCAUUUCAGUGUGUUGUGAAUUGUGCUGCAGACAGCUACUCAGAUUGUUAAAGCUAAUGUUUUCAUUGAUGCCUCAUCUAAGUCAGUUUGUGACAAAGUGAUCACAUGGAGUUUGGGACUAUAAUUUUGCAGCAGUGACUGUACAGUUGUGCACUGUGGCUGCCACCCAUCAAGUGACACUUGUAUACACGAAGGUCUUUAGAUUGGUAAAACUAUGGAAUACUCCGGUAUAUUGUGAAAGACAUACCAGAGUAUUGGCUGAUGGUACAGUCUGAGGCCAUGUCCACAAAAAUGCAAGUAAAAAGAUAUUUUUUUGUUUGUGUUGGGCUUCCAUCCAUUCUGGGUAAACAUAGUCCUUUUUUCUUUCUUUCUUUCUUUUUUUUGUUUUUCCAACAUGUGCAUUACUGUGGUUAUGGCUCAACGCAUUCUAUCAGUGGCAGUACAAGUGUAACUCCAUGUUGUGUUAAAAAAAAAAGAAAAGAAUACUAUUACAACUUAACUACCUAUCACCACAGUGCAUUAAACAUUGCCUUUAAGGCAAUUAGACAGCUGUUAAGUUGAAAAUACUUGAAAGAAUCAGUUUAUGACUAUACGUAAAUAAAAGCUACAGUAUCAACAAAGGUCACAGAAUCUUUCAUUAAAUUCUUUUAGAUUGUCAGCAGUGUCUACAGUCAUUACUGUUAUAGUCAUUUAACUAAACUGAGAUAGAUGGCAGAUAUACAUAAUAGACCGGAGCAAUGUUACUUUUUAGUUUCAAUAUUAAUAUAAUAAAACAAUCAGUUUUCAGAGUGUGGCUAUAGUGAAACAGUAAUAACCCUUUAAAGUGUGUCACUUAAAAUUGCUGUUACACAUUGCAGAUGAAAAAAUGUUUUUGUGUGUGAAUCUGCCAUGUCAUAAUGGAACGGAAUUUUAUCAAUAAAAAUGUAUAACUUGCCA